GUCAUCAUUGUCAUGUCAACCUCACAUGCUCAACGCGAGGACCGCGUGUAUCACCUUCUUAUUAUUACAAUAUAAUUGAAAAAUGAAGAAAGAAAGAAAAAUAAAAAAAGAAAAGAAACCGGCAAAAAUUCCUUAUGUUGAGGAAGAUAGAGAAUCAGAUUUUAGUGAAGAAAUGGCCCCGGAGAUGCAUAAAAAAAGCAUUGUAAAGAAUGGAAAGACAAAAAAACCUGUGAAAACUUCGGAUGAAGAAGAUAGAGAGUCAGAUUCUGAUGAGGAAAUGGAUCCGGAGACGCAUAAGAAAUCUCUUGAAAAGCUGAAAAAGAUUGAUCCAGACUUUUACAACUUCCUGGAGGAGAAUGAUGAGAACUUGCUGAACUUUGGGGUGGAGUCUGGAGACGAGGGAUCAGAUGGAGAGGAUCAGGAGGAUGAGGAUGAUGUUGUGCACAAGCCGGGCCCUCUGCAGGCUGACAGUGAUGAGAGUGACUUUGAGGAGGAAGUUGAAGUUAGAGGAAAAAUUACACUCAAAAUGGUGGCUGAAUGGCAGGAAGAGUUAAAAAGUGAAAAGAAAAUCAAAAUUGCAACACUUAAUUCUGUCAUCAAAGCUUUCAAUGCUGCCAUGUUAAGAGCCACAAGUGAUGAUGGGACUUCCAAGGGAGAGUACAAAGUAGAAGGCUCUUCAGUAUUCAAUGCAGUUAUUCAAAUGUGUGUGUUAUAUCUCCCUGCUGCAAUAAAAAAAUAUCUUGGAAUGGAGCAGUCAGGCAAGGAUCCUCAGAAAUGCAAACAUUUUGUCAAAAUAAAGGCUCCUCUAGUGGCGUAUCUAAAUGAUUUGCUUAAGCUUCUUGGUGGAGUUACAUCUGAGAACAUACUUACAGUACUCCUGAAGCAUUUGCACCAGAUGUCUGCCUAUGUUGCCUGUUUUGGCAGAAUAUCCAAACAUGCUUUGAAGAAGCUGAUCACCCUGUGGAGUAGAGGGGAGGAAACUGUGAGAGUUCUGGCUUUCUUGUGUAUCCUUAGAAUCACAAGAAACCAGCAAGCAAACUUACUAGACCUUGUACUGAAAGCGAUGUACAUGACCUAUGUGAAGAACUGCAAGUUUGUGAGUCCCACUACUUGGCCAAGUAUUAACUUCAUGCGGAGGUCUUUAGUGGAGAUGUUUACUUUGGAUUUGAAUGUGUCAUACCAGCAUGUUUUCCUGUACAUACGUCAGUUGGCUAUCCAUUUGAGGAAUGCUAUUGUUGUUCAGAAAGUAGAGAACAGGCAGGCGGUGUAUAACUGGCAGUUUGUGAACUCACUGCACUUGUGGGCAGACUUGCUUGGGGCCACCACCAAUAAGCCUCAGCUACAGCCGUUGGUCUACCCUCUGGUGAUGGUUAUCACGAACACCAUCAAGCUGGUGCCAACACAUCAAUAUUAUCCAGUCAGAUUCCACUGUGUUGAAAUAUUGAUACAUUUAUCAAAAGAAUCCAACACUUUUAUACCUAUACUACCUUUUCUGUUAGAGGUAUUAACAUCAUAUGACUUCAACAAAAAGCACAAGAAAGUUUCCAUGAAGCCACUGGACUUGUCCUGUGUUCUCCGACUGGCCAAGUCACAGCUUAUGGAAAAUGGAUUCAAGGAUUCCGUCAUUGAGAGGAUUUAUGGAUUACUACUGGAGUAUAUGGCUAAUCAAUCGCAUUCCAUCGCCUUUCCCGACCUUUCUCUGCUUGCUAUCAUACAGAUAAAACAGUUCCUGAAGACCUGUUCAGUUUCCAACUACACUAAAAAGCUUCGCCAGUUACUUGAAAAAAUUGAGGAGAACAGUAGAUUCAUUGAACGCGAAAGGUCCAAGAUCAGCUUUUCACUGAGCGACAGUAAACUAGUAGCAGCGUGGGAAACCAACAUCAGCACCAAGGGGUCACCGUUACAAACAUUCUAUGAGAACUGGAGCAAGAUCAACAAGAUACAGAAGAGGAAGAAGGUGACCAAAAAUGAUGAGAUUGCUGGAGAAUUACCCAUGAUAAAGAGACCGAAGUUAUCAGAGGACGCUGCUAAUACUAAACCCAAGAAUGAGGGACCAACGGAACUGUUCCCGUCUGACAGUGAGGAUGAAAAAGACCACUUCAAAUUGGAAGGCGAAGACGAGCCUCCGCGUAAAAAGAAAAUCAAGAAGAAGAAGGAAUCUAAAAAGAAGAAGUCUAACAAAAAAGUGGCCGUCGAUGACAUCGAUGAUAUACCAGGCGGAGAUGAUCUAGUGCAAGAUUUGAGUGUUAAUGACUGGUAAUAAAGCUGACAUGUAUAUGUAAA